AUGGGUUUUAUUGGCGGUGGUAAAGAAGUUAAAAAGGCAUUGUUGAAUGGUAUGCACAGUAAUGUAAAUCAGCUUACUAGGCUUUUAAGAGCAUCUUGCGGAGGAGAGGGGUGUGAUGAUCAUAAAGAUGUUAAUAACCUUCAGAAAUCUCUUACUGAAAUUAAGCAAAAAUGUAUUACAUAUGAUGCUCUUCAAACACAAAUUGCGCAGAAACUUGCAGAAAAUAAUAAUUCUAAAGACAGUGAUUCUGGUGAUGUUACACAGCAAGUUGAAGACCUUAAAAGGAAACUUGAUGAGCUUAAAGAUAAAAUUUUACAAGAAAGUUCUGACCUUCAAAAGGACAUUACAAAUGUAAUUGACGCUGUUCAAAAGAAAAUUUCUGAACUUGAACCUAAGAAAAAUUCAGUUGAUGACCUUCAAUCUCAAGUGAAUGACCUUAAAAAGAAAAUUGAGGAGGGGGAAAAUAAAGAUGAAAAUGCUCUUAAAGAAGCUGAAGAGCAACUUAAAGAUGCAAAAAAUAAUUUCCCUGCGAAUGAGUCUAAAUCUCUUGACUCUCAUCAGAAGUCUAUGAGUUCUCUCAGAAGUCUACAAACGCUUUGUCAACAUUGUAAGGAUGUUAAAAAUAAUGAAAGUAAAACUCCAAAAAAUAUUCUAGAGAGUCUUUGUGGAGGCCUCGAAAAAUUUCUCGGUUUCCAUAAUGGUAAUUACACCGGCUCCGGCAUCGUGUACUCCGACCUUGACAGGCUCUGCGACGGGGUGAUGUCUUUCCUUCAUGGUGUUCUUGAGAGUGUUAAGGAUGAUGAGAGCGUUACAACUUAUGAUAAUAAUAAUGAUAUUAACAAUGUUCUUCGUGAUUUACAUGAUAAUGUAGGCAAAGGCCGUAAGGCCUUCGGGAACGCCGUGGAUCAGGUGGAGACAUUGACCAAGAAGGUUACGACGCCGAUAAAUAAUCUUUUGACAGGCACCGACGGAAAUAAUUUCAAGAACAUUUCGACGUUGAUUAAGGAGAUUCAAGGGAUGCAAGGCAAGGAGUAUGAUGAAGUCUCCGGCACUGGUGGUCUGACUACGGAGAUGAAGAAAUCUUCAGAUGCACUUAAUAGCGUAGACAAACAGCUUUAUAAUAAGUUACAUCCUCACGUAAAAUUGAUGCAUAAUGCUGUAGACACUUUUCACAAAAAUGCCGCGUCAGACCAUGAGGGGCUGAAGACUGUCUGCCAAAAGGCUGACAGCGAGUUUCAGACGUUGAAUGAUAAGGUUGAGCGGGGGUUCAGCGAUGUUACUUCUAAACUCUAUUUUGAUAUUGACACUCUCAAGCACAAUGUGGCAAACAAACAUAAAACAGCGUUGGAGGCGUCCAUUCAGACAGCGAAGCAGACGCUGGUGGCAGCAGAGAGUAAGGCUAAGAAGUACGUGAGUGGGACGUUUAUAAUUAACAAACGAUCUCACUUCGACGAUAAAUUUAAGGCGAUAGAACAGUUGCUUGCGGAUAUCAAGCACGAUGGGACGUCUGUUGCCUCAGGCAGAGAGUCUAAACUACGUGUUGUAGUCAACUCAGUCAAGGAAGGCAUUGAAGCCUUAGACAACGAACUGAACUCUGGUGCCAGGCAGAUGGGCGGCGCCAUUGAUAGUGCUGUGAAUCAAGUAAACAGUGCCCUUGGUCAGUUGGAUGAGAAGGUGCAGGCGGAUUUGGAGAAGUUAUUUGGUAGGAUUGAAGCUGCGAUAAAAGGGUAUGUUACGAAGUACGUUGGGGCCAUGAUUACGGGUAUUAAGGCGGCUGAAUUAUAUGGACGCAGUACUCCUGGUGUGAAGGCUUUACAAGACGCUCUUAACGGCAGUUCACUGAAGCCUCUUCUUGAAGCGGCAAAUGAGAAAUCAGGAUUUUGUCAGAACGUCGAAGAUGCGUUGUCUAGUUUUGGACAGGCAGCGAUGAAGGUCACAGGACAAGACGAUGUGAAUUCAAUCGACCAGCAUCCCGAAGUUAUUAUCAGCGCCCUUUUCAGCGAUAUUAACAGAAAGGUUGGUAAGAAAUUCAACAACGCCCAUAGAAAGCCCGAGAAUGUCCCAGAUCUCAUGGAAAAUUAUCACAAGUGGGUGACUGGCAAAAAUGGUGCGGAAGCCAAUUCCCUCAAAACCAAAAUUGACGAAAUUAAAAAGAGCCUUGGAAGGUUCUUCAACAGAGGCGAAAACAUAGAUGGUAAUUCGGAAUUCAACCUUGGUAUAAAUGGCAAAUUUUCCGCUUAUCACAAAAAACGGCAAGCCGCCGUCACCUCCAUCACCAAGAUCCUAUCCAAUAUCGAGACGCUUGAACAAAUUCCGGAGGCCGUUAAACAAGCCAGGUCAAGUGUUGACGGAUUUCUCAAUGAGAUGAAGCAACACUUUGAAGCGCUUAAUACCCAAGUUCAAGUGACUAUCAAAACUCUUGAACAGGCCUUGCGAAAUUUGACUUACAUGAUCCAAGACAUCAACCGUGAAAUCGAUAGUGUCCACACCAAUGUAAAAGAUGCCAUUAAAACAUUCCAUGACAAUUACCUUGAAAACUCCAAAAAUGCUCUUACCAACCUAAAAAAAGAGGCCCUCCAACAGUACGCGGAGUCCAAGAUAAAGGAGCUUGAGAACCUGAAAGCAUUAGUUACGAAGCACAGUGAGGAGAUGCAGAAUAUUAUCGACAAGGACAGAGCUAGCGGAAUCAAGGGCCUACUGGCUAGGAUAUUAUUGACUAACGCCAACAGGCAAACGCUUGAUGGCAUGAUAAAUAAAGACUUUAUGGGUCUGUGCGGGAAGGCAAAAGAAUUUAUAGAUGAUAUUUUAUUGUAUGUUGAAGGCGAAGCGUGCACCAUGAAAGACCAUUUGACUAAGAAGGAAAAUGAGAAUUCCGCAAAGGUUCAUGACAUCAUCUAUAGCUUAGACAAAUUGCUUAACAAACUUCAAGAAUCAAAUCACUUCGAUCACGUAUUCUUAGGGAAUUUAGACAAACUUAAGAAACAAGUUUGCGCAUUUAGUCCUUUAAGGUACAAUGGUAUAUAUAACGCUCCAUUGCUCGACGCUUCCAGAGCAGGGAUGGAUGCACUGUGCUCACAACUUGACAAAGCGUACGUCAACAAGUAUUCGGGGCUGACCGUUCAGUGGACGAGGACAAUUGAGAGUAAAUCUAUUCCAUCCGAUGACUCCGAGCGGUGCGCGAAAGUGUUCUUUACGGCGCUUCCUAUUCUUACAAGUGAUUUAAACAAUGUCAGACGUAUAUGUCAUGCUGCCUGCAAGACUGAUCAAAUAAACAAAUCCAACGAGCUUGGAAAAUUCUUCCUCAGUUUGGGUUACGAAGUGCCUGAUAAAAACAAGAAACAAUGGGAGCUUCAGGACAAGGGCAAAAUGACAGGUUGGCAUGUUUUUAGCAAACUUCAAAAAGCAAUACAAGAGGCCGUCGAUAUUGAGCACCUUCACAAUUGUGAAUCAAAGAAGCAGAAUCGAAUUAGUAGCAUUAAUCUCUUUGACAUUCUCGACUGUCUUCGUAGCCACCUAACUCAAUAUAAUAAUGUGUGCCAUCAGAAACAUAUUCCUAAGCCCAGGGUUCCAUGCUCCGUGUAUGAGAUGCUUGGUUGGUGUUACGGCCUGGAGUACAACACUGCUUACGAGAAACUGAAGCAAUUCGGUAAAACGUUGCAUGAUGAUGAGAAAGACUCAUAUUUACAAAAUAUAAUGUACACACUAGCGACGCAUGGAUUGCCUAAAUUGUCUAGAUAUUCACGUAACAUACUCACCACUAUCCUCGGCACCGGCGACGAGGAUACCCUGUAUGCCUCAGAAUUUGCAAACAACUCACUUAAUCUUAAAUAUCCCAGCUCAGGCGAGGAAUGCUUACAAACGUUGCUUGAUAUAUUACGUAGAGUAUUCCCAGUGCUCAGAGUUUUGCAUAGCCAGUGUAGUCUCAGUGCUUGGUACUCCGGCUGGUCUGACUGUAAGUACGGCAAAGGUAUCGCUACGGUCAACCAGCUGUGCAACGAGCAUCCAGCGGACAAACCAAAUUGCCAAGCAACGUCACAACCAAUGUGCCAACCAAACACUGAACCAAACAGCCAAGCAAGCUGUCGACCAACAUCUCCACUUGUGUCCUAUCUGAACGAUUGCCUACCAGGGCAUUUACCGCACAAUGUCAGUUCCAUAGGCUGCAAAGCAGUAUGCAGCAAUUGCCCUAAGGGGCAACCCGGGCAGCCGUGCUUGACGCCUCUUGGCUUUAGAGGGUUUUCCGGUAGCGUGCGUCAGGGAAAGGAUUUAUGUGCUGCGCUUGAGAAAUUCUUGCUUAAUGUCGAAUGUUCAGGCCUGUUCGCUAUCGCUCCCAAGCCGCCGACCACCCUCCCAGAGCAUUUCAGUUUUACGUUGUCGCUAGCAAAACAUCUUAACGCCCCAACUCCCAUCAGUAGUGGCGCUGUAACGUCCGAUUAUGCUUUCGUCGAUUCAUUUAGAAGAUCUAUCACCGACGCCUCCAUUAAUCUAUAUGAGCAGCAAACCGAUCUUAUCGAUGCAAUUUGCAACGCUUAUGGUAAUCCCCAGGGUAGUCACGACAAAAUGCAUAUUGAACCUAGAAACACUGACUUGGCAAGCCUGUCCAGAAAUGAUCCAUGUGCCGGUUCAUACCAAUGCGCCCCUUACCUCUCAUCAACAUGUUCAGAAGCCUACAAUUACCUUGCCAAAACCCAUUCCAACUUGUACCUUCAAUGGGCCAUUUACUUGCCAUGGACGCUUUACAAUAAUCUACAAUCGUUGCUUGAAGCUUUUAAGAUGAUUGAUUGCGGCGCCUCUGGGUGUACCACUUGUCAUUGCAAACCGGGUAAACAUGGUGUGGUAUUGAAUUGCAAGUGCAAGUCAUUAGUAGGCUGUCGUGGCGUCCUCUCCGUAUAUUACCAAUAUGGAUUCACAUUUGCAAACGCAAAGUCCUUAUACGGUAAAAACACAAAGACGUGCCGUGAUUUCUACAGACAACUGUGCAGCAUAGUUGAUUCCAAAUGGUUCGAAAAAAUAUUCGAAAUGUGCGACAAAUUCCUAUGGGCAAUUCGUACACCCUUCUCCUACCUCUUAUUAUCCCUCUGGUCCCUCUCUUUGCUCUACCUGCUGCACAUCGCCGUCGUCCGCCUCGACGUCCUCCGCAUCCGCUCCCACCUGAGAUCACCCUCAAGCCACCGCAUCGCCGCGCAGUCGCUCCUCGCCGCCGCACGCGUCAGGGCACUCGCCAACGUCAAGUACUUCUCACCAUAA